AUGUUGCAGUGCUGCGUCGUGGACACACAGACCGAUGAACUAGAGCUCCAACCUGCCGACCUCACAGAGGUGGGAGAAGGAGCUCUGCCAGGCAAGGAUGGUGAUCUGACCUUUGACGUCACCCUGGAGGUGCAGCUGGGCGGCUUCUACGGUGCUGACUUGAUCGCUGUCGGGAAGGUGUGUGUGGUCAAUGGAAUCAACGACCGUGGCCUGAUCUUCGAGUGGAAUCAGGACGCGCCAGCAGAGCAGAAGGCGAGCAGAACAGCAGAGCUCACGGAUGGUGGAAGGUUCUCCAGACGCCUCGGGGAGGUUGGAGCCCAUGUUUGGCUCACACGGCCGUGGUUUGAGAAGCUUUGA